CGACGUCACAUCCGCACUCUGUCUCCGGAAGUACAGUUAAUUUUUAUUCACAGGGAGAAAAAAAAAAACAAAAAACACAGCUGUUGUUGAGAAAGAAAACAUCAAAGUGAGUUUCUCAGAAUGCCUGCCUCAAAGAGAGAAUCGUCUCCUCCUGAAUCACAGUCCAAGAUGCGGAAGGUGGAAGAGGGUGGAGAAGAUUUACAAUCCAAAACUGGACCAACUACCAAGUCUCCCAAAACAGAAAAAAACGGAGAAAAGACAGGAACUCCGCGGGCUAAGAAAAAAAGGUCGUCUUCUGCCGAAGACGGAAAUAAUUCAUCAAAACAGAGUUCUCCUUCAAGUGAUUCUAGUAAACCCUCCUUAGACCCACCUCUUAAAAAAGCCAAGCUUCUGAAACCCACAAGUGCCUCCUGCGGAGAAGCUACCUCACAGAGAGCAAACUCCAAAGGUUCCCUGAAGCGGACCGCCUCAACCGGGUCUGAUGAGGAGCUGAGCAGCAACAGGAGUAAGGUGGACUUCUUCAGAGAGAGGGAUGACGAUGACAAGGCUCGCUGCAUCAGAAAAUAUUCCAACAAAGUCAAAGCUAAGCGCAAGGCAGAGGAGGGUACCUCUGACCCGCCGGACACGAGCCACGAUUUAUCAUCUGCACCAUCGGAUUCUGUACAGAUCGAGCACAACUACGGUAGAUUCUCAGAUUCAACGUCUUCUCAAAGCUUAACGGACUCUGAUGAGAAAAAGGACACUUCAGUUGAUGCACCUCAGAAUGCCUCUACGAAUACCUCGGUGUGUGAAACAGAGACGUUUGACUCUACAGCUGAAGAAAUUCAACUUUUGGAAUUAAAAAGCCCAGAAAGCCUUGCUAAUGAAACAUCUUCAAGAGAAACUGUAGGCUGUAUUGCAUCUGAGGGUGAGGAAAAGAGAGAUAAAGUUGGGUCCACUGAGGUCGCAAAAGGCCUAGAUAAUGAAACACUAUCAUCAUCAGAGGAAACACUAUGUUCAGUUCCCGGAGAUGUGAAUUCAAGUCGUGGAGUUGAAAUUUCUGUAGCAAGAAGGACUGAUUUAGCAUACAGUACAGAAGGUCACAUUCAGCCGAGCCCACAAUCUCCUGAAAAAAAUGAGCGCAAUCUGAAAUGUGAAACAACAGAGAGUGAGCAUGAUGAGCAGAAAGAACCUGAAACAAGAGCAAUCGGUGCAGGCAUUAGUUCUGGAAAAGUAAACGAAGUGUCCUCGGAUGAAACAAACUCCCCUCCAAUACACUUGAAAAUCUGUAAUCCAGAAGCCCAGGCAGAAGGAAUAUCUACAAAAGCAGAGUCCUUUGCUGUUUCAAAGACUCAGAUGGCUUUAAAAGAGGAAUUGAAUGCGGCAGAGACACACAAUGUCUCUGCCGCAAAAGAUGGUGACUUAUGUGAGGAUUUGAGCAAAAUGCAUGAAAACUCUGAAGAAAGCAGCAGAGAAAGCAUUGACUUCCAGUCUCCUCACACUGAGAUUUCUGCAGGAGAAGAGCGGAAUCAUAGCUUUGUGAUCGAUGACGCUCAUCAUGAUUGUCGAAAUAUUUACGAUAAAAAUCAAACGGAGAACCUUUCUGAAAAUAUCAUAGUUUCAGCGGUUCAAAUAACAACUGAAGAUGAUAUUCAGAGUCAGGAGAAUCACAUACUUCAAGAUGACGUGACGAAAGUAGAUUCUUUAAACGUAGACAAAGAUGCGCUUAUGGUCAUUCAUUGUGCUGCUGUACCAAUAAAUGAAGGUAAGGAGGAUUUACAGGCUUCAAUUCCAAGUGCUGUGGUUGAUUCACAAAUUCGGGAAUCUACUGCCAACAUGUUCACAGAUUUUCACCAGGAGGAAAAUGUUAAAAUGAUGGCAAACAAAGAGACUGUGAGUGAAGCAAAUGGAGAAAAUAAAACAGAAAUACAGAUUGGAAUUCCUUCCGGGAUACUAAAUCUUGGUCCUCUAUUGGAAAUGCAAAAGCAGGAAUUCCAGGAGGUCAGGGAAUUUCCCACAGUUGUGUCUGCUCAGAUCCAUGAUCAUGUCACAGUUGAUAAAUGUGAAAAUAUGGAAACUCGGGAAUGUCCUGAAACAUUUAGGGAGCUAAGUGGAUUGGAAACCCAGCCUGUUGCAGCAUCUGAUCUUUUAGAAGAGGAAUCGGAAAUACAAAUGCAGGAGAAUCAAGCCAGUGAAUGUUCCACGGUAGUACCUGAUGAAAGUGAAAAAGAUUCAAAGUCUGCUGAGUGUUUUGCUACAACAUACGAGAGUCUAACGGAGGUAGAUACACAGACCUCAAAUAUAUCCAAGCAAGUCUUUGACACGACUCUGAUAGAGGAAUUGCACAGCAAGAUCAAGCAGUUGGUCAGUGAACCCACCACUGGCACAUCUGAUGAAGCUCAGAAAGAUCUGGAGAAUGCAAAUAGUGCUGCUGAGCCUUACUUAGAAGUCAAUGAAGAAAAUGAUGCUAUAUCAGAGGCUGUGUCAAACGUUGCUCCUAUUCAAGAAACUAAAACCCAGCUGUCUAAUGAACUGACCAAUUAUGGACCUAACAAAGCGAAGGAAGAUCUAGAGACUGCCAAUGGUUCUGCUCAGGGUCAAAUAGAAGAUGUAAAAGCUGCAGACUCCAAGGUUGAGGUCUGUAAUAUUGCAACAGUUGAAGGAAUGCAAAGCCAGUUGUUCAUUGAACCCAUAACUAAGAUAGCUGAAGAAGCUUACAGAAACCAGGAUGGUCCCUGUGUUGCUCAGACUCAAAUUAGCGUUAAUGACCUGUCUACAGAAACAUCUGAGGAGGUUUCUAAUGUUUCUCCUAUAGAAGAAAUGCAAACCCAAAAAGUCGGGGAACCUAUUGCAGAGGAAGAAAUUCACAAAGAUCAGGAUAGUCAAAAGUUGGCUGCUCAAACUCAAAUCCAAGUUGAUGCCACAUCUGAGGAGGUUUCUAACACAGAUUCUGUUGAAGAAAUGCACACUCGGCUGGUCAGUGAACCUGCCAUUAGUUACAAAUCUCACGAAAAUCUGGGAAAUGCAAAUUGUAGGAUCAGUGUAAAUGUUGCUGCUGCUGAGACUCAAAGGGAAGAGACCACAGAGGUUUUAGCCACAUGCCAGGCUGUCCCUACUACAACUCCCAUAGAGGAAAUGCAAACCCAGAUGGUCAAUGAACCACCAGCAGACAUACCUAACAAAUUGCAGAGAGAUCUGGAGAAUGCAAGCUGUGCGGCUCAGAUUCAAAUUGCAGUUAAUGCCAUGUCAGGGAAUGUUUCUAAUAUUGCACCUGUAAGAGAAAUGCAAACCCAGCUGGUUAAUGAAUGCACCAUUAGCAUGCAAGAUGAAGUUCAUAAAAAUCUGGAAAAUGCUAAUUCUGCAACCAUGGAAGUUGUAUGUGUUUCUGUUGCUGGUCAGAGUCUAAUACAGGCUGAUGGGGAAAUUGUAGGAACAUCAGUGGAGUUCUCUAUAACUUCACCUGUUGAAGAAAUGCAAACUCAGCUGGUCAGUGAACCUACCAUUAAUGACAAAUCUCAUGAAAAAUCUCAUGCUGCUGCUGAGACUCAAAUGGAAGAGAACACAGAGGUUCCAGCCACAUGUUAUGCUGUCCCUACUGUAACUCCUAUACAAGAAAUGCAAACCCAGAUGGUCAAUGAACCACCAGCAGACAUACCUAACGAAUCGCAGAAAGAUCUGGAGAAUGCAAGCUGUGCCGCUCAGACUACAAUUGAAGUUGAUGUCUCAUCAGAAAAGAUUUCUUACGUUGCACCUGUAGAAAACAGGCAAAUCCAGGUGGUCGGUAAACCCACCGUUGACACAUCCUAUGAAGCUCUUAAACAUCUGGAAAAUGCACAUUCUACAAGGAAACAAGAUGUUAUGUGUGCUUCUGCCCAAACUCAGUUAGAAGUUGCUGGAGAAAUUGUUGCCACAUCACAAGACGUCUCUACAUCUGUACCUAUGGAAGAAAUGCAAAUCCAGCUGGUAAGUGAACCUAUCCCUGACAUUAGCAACGAGGUGCAGGAAGAUCAAGGGGAUACAAGCUGUGCUGCUCAGAUUCAAAUUGCAGUUAAUGCCAUGUCAGGGAAUGUUUCUAAUAUUGCACCUGUAAGAGAAAUGCAAACCCAGCUGGUUAAUGAAUGCACCAUUAGCAUGCAAGAUGAAGUUCAUAAAAAUCUGGAAAAUGCUAAUUCUGCAACCAUGGAAGUUGUAUGUGUUUCUGUUGCUGGUCAGAGUCUAAUACAGGCUGAUGGGGAAAUUGUAGGAACAUCAGUGGAGUUCUCUAUAACUUCACCUGUUGAAGAAAUGCAAACUCAGCUGGUUAAUUACUCAACCACUGGCAUACCCGAUGAAGCAAGUGAAUAUCAUAGAAAUAUAAGCAAUAGGAACAGUUUAGAUGUUAAAUUUGUUUCUGCUGCUGAUCAGAGUGAACUACAAGCUAAUGGAGAGAUUGUUGCCACAUCAGAAAUGGUAUCUAAUUAUCCUCCAGUAGAAGAAAUGCAAAUCCAGCUGGGCAGUGAAGCUACCAUACCCAACAAAGCCCAGACAAGUCAGGAGGAAGAAAGUUCUGCAACUUCGACUCAAUUAGAAGUUGUUGCAGAGGCUGCAGAAACACGAACACAGCUGGUCAGUGAACCUACCACUGACAUACCAAAGGAAUCACAGAUAGAUUUGGAGAAUGUAAAUUGUGCAGCUCACUCUGAAGUAGAAGUUGGUGCCACAUCAGAAAACAUCUCAACCUGUGAACCUUUAGAGGAAAUGCAAACCCAGCCGGUCAACGAGCCCAAUGUUAGCACCCCCGACGAAGCUCACAAAAUUCAUACAACUUCAAGAUACCAGAGCAGUUUAAAUGUUGCAGAUGCUUGUACUGCUGCUGAGGGUCAAGGAGAAGAUGAUGAAGUUUUAGUCGCAUCCCAGGAGGUCUCUAACUUUGCUCCUAAAGAAGAAAUACAAACACAGAGAGGUAAUGAGCUUGCCCCUGAGAUACCCAGAGAAGCGCAGAAACAGCCAAGUUGUGCUGCCCAGAGUGAAAUAGAAGUUUUGGUAGGGGCUGCAGAAUCACCUGAGGAGGUCUAUGACAUUGCACAUAUACAAGAAACACAAAACCAGAAGGUUAGUGAACCUAACCCAGAAAUAUCAGCUGAACGUCUGGUUAAAAGCGACAUGGUAAAUGUGGAAAUUGUGACUGUGACACAGAGACAAACAGAAGUGGACACAGCAGUAACAAAAGAGAGUCCAGUUUCACCCUCUUCAUCGGAUGUAAAUAAAAGCCAAACAGAAUUUGACAUGGAGACCCCAGAGAAUAGUUCUAACAUUGGUUGUGUGGUUAAAGCACAUAGUCAUGAAAACCACAAUGUCAGUGAACAAUCAGCUGGAGACAUCGUUGUAGAAGCUCAUGAUAUGAUGAUCGAAAACGAUCAAAAUGUGAAGAAAGAACAGAUCAGUUCUAAAGAAUGUGUGACUGUACAAGAUAAUCCAAUCAAAUCUGAAAUGCAGUUCAUUUUAGCAUCAGAGGAUUCUAUAGUGGCACCUUCAAUGGAAAUACAGAGAGAGAAUAGCCCAAAUAAAACUGACAUUCUGAAUGCAGACUAUUCAGGGGUGGAAAUAACUCUUGCAGAGAAUAAAAGGAAAACGCACCCUGAAUCUGCACCAAAGAUCUUUGCUCCACUUUCUGCUCCUGAGACACAAAUCCACCAGAUCCUUGAUCCACGCGACACAAAUGAGGGUCACAAAGAAGAGACCGAGGCUGUGGAAGAAUGUCUUGGAUGUCCAGUCAAAAUGGAAAUGUAUACCACACAGCCUCUUGAGGAGUUUUCUCAACCAAUAACGAGAGCAGAAACAAAAACCCGGAAGAGCCUUGAUGCAAUUGAACAUGCAGGAGACUCGCAUAUGGGUAACGACAGCAAGACUUUUCAAGAACUCCUCGACAUUGCUGGGAAUCCAAACGACAUAGAAAUGCCAACACCUGAGCCUUUUGAGGAGAUUUCUCAACCAAUGGCUAACCUACCAACACAAAGCCAGAAAGCUCAGCAGGACACUGAAUUGUCUUUUUCACCAGGUCCUCCUGAAACACACGACGAGAGGAGCCUUGAAGUAACUGAGCCUCCAAGAGAGGCUAAAGAUGGUGAGAUCAAGGCUGACGAAGAAUACUCUGGUAAUGUUGAAAAUCCAAUGGAAAUACAAACAGUACCUCUUGAGGAGAUUUCUCAGCAAACAUCUAGAGUACAAACGGAAAUCCCUAAAAGUCUUGAUGUCACGGACCCUGCAACAGACGUAUCUGAAAAUGUCCCACAAAGUUUUAGGAUUCCCACAAAUGAGUGUGAUGAAAAUGAAAACCAGAUAUCUGAAGAAUGUGUCAGUAUUGAUAAGAGUCCAAAUGAAAUAAAAAUUCAAACAACAGGAACAAUAGAGGAAAUCCGUCAUGAAAAUGAUAACAAGGACGUCAUAGACAGCCUUAAAAGUUCUGCGGUUCCAGAAGAGAUAGAAAUGGAGACAAAUGUGGGGCCAGAGAUUUCCCAACAAACAUUUACAGAACCAAAACAUAGCCCAAGAGGUCAGGAAAUCUCUAAACUCACUGCAGACACUAAAAUUGCACUGCUGCCACCUGAAACACAGAUCCAGAGAGAAAGCCUCAGUAUUUCUCAGAUUCUAGAAAAAAGGGACUUGAAAAAAUCAGAGUUACCUCAAGGGAUUUCUCACCCAUCAUUUAUAGAAGAACCCCAAAGCCAGAGAGAUCAGGAGGUCAGUGAACUCCCAGCAGACACUGAAGCAGACAAAUACUCUCUCCCUGCUGAGAUUAAGCAAAACAUCGUUUCUGUUAAUGCUCAAUUUUUCGGACCUACUGAAACAGACAUAAAUGCAUCAAAAACCCUCUGUGAGAUUUUGCAGAAAUCCAAUGUUCACCUUCAACAGCAAAGAAGGGAGGAGGUUGACAAAGAGCAUAAAAAUGAAAACGAGGUCACCUCCUUAUGUGAGAAUGUUCUAGAGACUGAAACUAAAAUGGAGAUGUCUGUGGAGACGGAUGAGAUUUCUGAUCCAGCAGCUUUGGCAGAACACCACAACCAUCUGGCAGAAGAAAUCCGUGAACACGCCACAGGGUUAUCAGACCUGGAACCACUUCCUGUUCUUAACUUUGAAAAUAAAGAAUAUGUCAACAAGACAGAGCCUGUUGCUGAGGAUGUAAAAACAACAAACUCUUUAUUAGAAGAAGACUCGAGGAGACAGCAGAUUGAUGAAGCCAAUGUUGACAGAUCUGUUAGUAAUCUUCAAGAAGGAGCUGAUGGCAGCAAAGUAGUUGUAUUUGUUUGUGACCAACAAGAUAAGUAUGGUGGUGUUAUUCAGGCAUCAGAAGAUGAGAGUAGGACAGUAAAUGAGAGAGAGGUCCGAUUUAAUGAAAACCAAGUAGUGUAUGAACCAAUUAGCAGUCCAGAGAGCAAUAGUGGUGGGGAAAUUUAUACAAAAAUCGAGCUUGGUGAUAGCAUUUCUGUUCUGGACAUCCAGAACACAGAAACUCCUCUCACUGUGGGCGCCGAAGCAAACCUUUCAACCAAUGAAGUCAAAUUAGGAACUGGUCACCCUCAGGAGGAGGACAAGAUGGAAAUUACUGCUGCAGACAGCCAGAUUUUGGUGGAAAUGGAAGUGCAAACAGUCAGUGAGGCUCAAGGUCCCACACAUGCCCAGCUGCAGCAGAGUAAUGCAAUGGCAAACACUUCAACUGUUGACAUCAGUGCUACAGAUGGCCAGUCUGAAGAUGCUGCAGAGAAAAGUGAAAGAAGUGCCAAUCCACAGAGUAUUGGUGCAACAGAGUUGGUGCAAGAUGAAGCUGGACUUCAGGACCCUCCAACUCAUACAAGCGAAAUUGAGAUAACAGAUGGUCCAUCCGAAGAGUAUGUGGUCUUGGAACCGGUUCCAGAGAGUGAAAUUCACUUAGAUAUCUUGACUCGGGCUGCGGCUGAAUCAGGACUGUCAACCUCGCUCUCAGAUGGUGGUUUGGCGGAUAAAGACCCAAAACAGGGCAUUUUAAAUAGCUCGCAGAAGACAGGAUUAGAAGAAGCAAAUGAUGGGAUUAAAGAUGCUACUUUAGCCAGCUCCGGUGAGGUUUUAUCUCAGGACCUUCUUCACAAUGCGCAGAAUUCCAAACACCAAACCUCAUCUGGCAGUGUGGAUGCAGAAGUGUCAAACUCUGAUGCUCAGCACUCCACUGAAGAUGGUAAUGCAGUUGUAGUGGAGAAUGCUGGAUUUAACUUGGACCUACAAGAAGUGCAAAUUCUGCAGGAUAUCGAGAUUGGUAGAGAGAUUGUUGUGGCAGAGGAGGAUAAUGAGGAAGACGAUGAUGUUAAAAUAAUAAAACCAUCCGAACAAGCUACUGAAGACCCUCCAACAAAGUCCGAAGAGAUGGUAAUAAAUAAAAAUAAAGAUGAAAUUAGAAGUACUUUAAAGGAAAAGGCUAAAACUGAAGAUGAUAAAAAGGGGCCUGAGGUGGAAAAACCCAAGAAACAAGAAAUGAAUACGCAGGCGAGAACCAAAGCUCGUCUUGCGGCAUUGGCCGAACAGAAGGCUGCAGAGUCUAAGAGAGCUGCACAAAGACAGCAGCUGAACCUCCUUGCCCUUUGUCAAGAAAUAGCCGAAGACAUUGCUACAGACAGCAUGUUAUUAAAGAGGAUAGAGGAAGAAAAACAAGCUGCAGUAGCAGCAGCCGCCGCCAAAGCUGAAGCCAGCAAGAGGGAACAACCAGGAGUUAACUCACCAGAUGUGGAGCCGGGUAAUGUUGCGACUCCUGCCAGACCAGUAGGGAGCUCCGCUUUGGUGACCCCUGCUCCUGAGUCUUCUACUGUCCAUCCGUCGACGACAGAGUCUGUUGAAACCAAGCCAGCUGCCGAGCCUCAGAAAAGACGCUUCUUCAUAUCGCAAAUUUCAGUGCCGCUGAAAGCCCACGAAAAAAAGAAGCUGACCCGAUAUCAGAGACUCAGACAGGUUGAGCUGCAGAGGGAGAAAAUGUCUUGGGCUCGCGUAAAGAAACUAAAAUCUGACCAAGCAAAUCAGAUGUUUUCAGACAUAGACUGGCAAGCGCCUUUCUCUGGCGGCUUUUUAAUGAGUCCCAUAACUCCUCCUCCACCAGCGACCAGUCCAUCAACAACAUCCCCCGCAAGUCCUGCCCCUGCCAGUAAACCUGCUCCCCUAAAACCAGAGACCCCCAAGGCUGAGCCAGCUGAAACUCAACCCUCUAAACCAGAAACUGCAAAAACGGAACUUUCUAAAAAAGAAUCAGCCAAAGCCCCACCUCCUAUAGCUGAAACUCCUAAACCUGAACAGCCUAUUGUUGAAACCCGAAGAAGCACAAGGCAAAGUAAGGCGCAGGCAGUUCAAGCUGCUGCAGCUGUCGCAGGACCUGCUUUGAAAGUGACCAGGUCCGCAGCCAAGAGGACCCUCCCGCCAGUUCCUCCUCCCAUGCCCAACGGACUUAAAGCUCAAAAACCGAAGCCUGUAGAGUACACACCAUACAAACCCAGGCCCAAGUACUCCCCAGAUGACUUUGAAUUAGACGAUGAUGACAUGUUGCUGGCUGCUCCAAAAAAGCCAAAUCAACCCAGACAGCUGCCUCGACCUGGCGUCCCAGCUCUGCGUCCAACACCUUCAUUAAAACCUACUACUGAACCGCAGCUACCUAACCAGGCAGAGCUGAAAGCUCAGAAAGCACCUCCUGGACAGAUUUCAGGUCAAUCUAAGCUUACAGCUGCAGCUCAACCUCAGACAAAACCAGCGCAAAUCAAGCCUAAUGCUACUCAGCCGAAGCAUACAACUGCAGCUCCUUCAAAACCAGUCACAUCCACCGUGACUGGUCCCAAAGCCAACUCGGUUGCAGUUCAUCCUAAGCCCACUGCUCCUCCCACUCCUCCACCAAAAACAGCUGGUGCAAAUGUAACACAGUCGAAACAGCCAGCAGCAACAGAAAAUCAGCCAUCUGAACCAAAGCCUUCAGUUUCUAAGGCUAAUGUAGCUUCAAAGCACCAGACGCCCCCAAAUCCCCCAAUACAGGAAAAUAAGAAGCCCAAGGGUACAGCUGAUUCAUCUUCACCAGGUUCUGCUUCUUCUCUUACACCUGAGGGGAGCGCCAAAGACCCUGGUACAACAAAGUGUGAAGAAAUACCUAAUGUUGCUACCACUAAUCCGUCUCCAGAGAGUAGCACAGAAUUACCCAAGAUGGAGGAGAAAACAUCAGAGGAGCCCUGUCAGCAAGGAGAAGCAAAGCCACAAGAUGGGGCGACUCAUCGAGAGGUCGACAAAGAUGGCACUCAGACGGAUGCAGGACAGAAACACUUCGGCCCAGAGGCCUGCGGCGUGUGUGGGAUGCUCUACUCUGCUGCCAACGCUGAGGAUGAAUCUCAGCAUUUACUCUUUCACAAUCAGUUCAUCAGUGCUGUCAAAUAUGUGGGGUGGAAAAAAGAGAGAAUCAUGGCAGAAUAUCCUGAUGGCAAGAUCAUCCUCGUCCUCCCUGAUGACCCCAAAUAUGCCCUGAAGAAGGUGGAGGAGAUCCGGGAGAUGGUGGACAAUGACCUCGGCUUCCAACAGGUGGAGACAAAGUGUCCCUCUCAGACCAAAACCUUCCUCUUUAUCUCCAUUGACAAGAAAGUGGCUGGAUGCCUCAUAGCAGAGCACAUCCAAGAGGGGUACAGAGUGAUCGAGGAGGCUCCGCCUGAGGGCUCAGAGGGGGAGAAGGUGAUGUUUGAACGACAAAGAGCUUGGUGUUGCUCCACCACACCGGAGCCAGCCAUCUGCGGCAUCAGUCGCAUCUGGGUGGUCGGCAUGAUGCGGCGCCGGGCCGUCGCCACGCGCCUGAUUGAGUGCCUAAGGAACAACUUCAUCUACGGUUCCUACCUGAGCAAAGACGAGAUCGCAUUCUCAGACCCCACCCCCGAUGGAAAACUCUUUGCCACUCAUUACUUCGGCACAUCUCAGUUUUUAGUUUACAACUUUGUGUGUGGAACCCGCUCGAUCCAGCCCAAAACUGACUCCGUAUGAUGGCCUGCCGGAAGAGGCGACGAUGGCACACGAAAUCUUCACAGCAUCUAAACGGACAUAAAUAACUCCGAGAGGUCAAUUAUUGAACUAAAACUCAGGAUGACAACUUUAACUCUUCCCUGCAUAGUAUUUUUUAAAAUCUAUUUUCUUUGUACUCUUUUUUUUUUUUUUUUUUUUUCUCGUUUUUUUAAGUUUUCAGUUGGUUUUAUUAAAAUACAGUUACAUGCAUGAAGUGAGAGCAAUAGAGUUUAAAGAGCGUAUCAUUUUUGUCUAUGUUCAGCAAACUGAAACCUCUUUAAAGGCCGAGUGAAGAUGAGUGUCGGGUUCUCCUCCUGGACAGUGAGGCUGCCAUCGUCUCCAGCUUUGAUGGAUCAGGAGUUUUGGGUUUGAACUUGGGGCAUUCGUCAUGUGUUCCUGUAAGGUUUGAUUUUUUCCAAGCCGAGCCAUAUACUCUCCACGUUUUAUCCUUUCACUGUCCGAGUGUUGUCUUUUACGUCUCACAGAGGUUUUCUUUGUUUUAAAUUUGCUUUGUUGAUGCCUGGAUUAUUGUUAAUUUAGUUUUAUUUACUUGACCACAUGCCCUCCCUAACUGGCGUAUGGCUUUUGAUUCAGUUAGCGUAGAGUAUCAUCCUCUUAUUCUUUAGUAACAAAUUAAAAUGUAUAUCAAAUAAUCAUGUAGAUUUAUGCAUACUAUUAUGAGAUUUAUAACGGAAGAUGAGAAAGAUCUUAAACCUUGUGUGCUUUGUUUUUUUAAGUUGAUAUAAAGAUCCAGUCUUCACAUGAGGGUUUAGAUCACUCCGAUUAAUCCUGUAUUUUCUUCCUCGCUGUUAAAGCAGCCGCCUUUUUAGAGACAUUUUGUGAAAGGAAAAACAAAUUGAUUUAUAUGAACCUCUUAUGUAAAUAUUUAUUUAAAUAAACCAUGUAAAAUAU